AGAUUUCUAAUCCGGAACUAACGUACGGCGCUGUGUGUUCGGCGGGCGGCUUUCCGUGACGAACAGCAACACGUCCAGCCGCCAUAGCGUUUCACUGUAAUCCAUUUGGUUGCCCGCCGUGCAGUUAGUAGUAUGAAAAACAUGUUAACCGCAAUCUCUAACGCGUUGUGUAGAAUCACUGGCAGCAAUGUGUUCCUGAUUGGCCAGUCAGAGCUCGUCAAUUUAACCUCACCUGCAGCAUCUGCCUUGGCAACCACCACCCAGCGACAACCGCCUAAGCCCCCACCAGUUAAUACUAAAGCAUCUGAAGCAGAGCUAGUUACAGAGCAGCCCACACUGCUAUCGGAUCCAGUAAGGACUUGAAGAGCCAUCUAUCUGCGUGCAUAUUGAACCAGGAUGGAUGAACAGGGGCCAGGGCAGUAGUGUCGUCACGCGCUUUCGCAGACUUCACGCCGAAGGCGAGCUUUGAAAUCAAGAAAUGCGACGUGCACCGCCUGGAGGAGGGCCCACCAGGGCAGGCGGAGCUGACCCGGGAGCAGGGCCUGCACUACUACCGCACCAUGCAGACCAUCCGCCGCAUGGAGCUGAAGGCCGACCAGCUGUACAAGCAGAAGAUCAUCCGGGGCUUCUGCCACCUCUACGACGGCCAGGAAGCAUGCGCCAUGGGCAUAGAAGCAGCCAUCAACCCCACCGACCACGUCAUCACAGCCUACCGCGCACACGGCUACACCUACACCCGGGGGGUGCCUGUCAAGCAGAUCUUGGCUGAACUCACCGGCCGUAAAGGGGGCAUCGCCAAAGGCAAGGGUGGCUCAAUGCACAUGUACGCACCAAACUUCUACGGCGGUAAUGGCAUCGUUGGAGCGCAGGUGCCUCUGGGAGCAGGUAUUGCCUUGGCAUGCAAGUACCUGGGCAACAACCAGGUGUGUGUUACGCUCUAUGGAGACGGAGCAGCCAAUCAGGGCCAGAUCUUUGAGGCGUACAACAUGGCGGCCCUGUGGAAGCUGCCGUGCAUCUUCAUCUGUGAGAACAACAAGUACGGCAUGGGCACGUCGGUGGAGCGGUCCUCCGCCAGCACCGAGUACUACCGCAGGGGGGACUACAUACCGGGACUCCGGGUGGACGGUAUGGACGUGCUGUCCGUCAGAGAAGCCACCAAGUUCGCUGCGGACCAUUGCAGAGCUGGAAAGGGCCCCAUCCUCAUGGAGCUGCAAACCUACCGUUACCAUGGCCACAGCAUGAGUGACCCGGGGGUCAGCUAUCGCACACGAGAGGAGAUCCAGGAAGUGCGCAGUAAGAGCGACCCCAUCUCCAUGCUGAAGGACCGCAUGCUCAGCAACAAGAUGGCUGCCAUGGAGGAGUUUAAGGAAAUGGACUCCGAGAUCAGGAAGGAGAUCGAGGAGGCGGCUCUGUUCGCCACGUCGGACCCCGAGCCCCCGUUGGACGCCCUGUGCGACCACAUCUUCCACAACGAUCUGCCGCUGGAGGUCCGCGGGACCACCCCCUGGUCGAAGCUAAAGUCCAGCAGCUAGACGCGCAGCCCCCUCAUCCCCGUCCAGUGUUUAGUCCUCGAAGGAAGAGUUUCAUUUUAAACCUGGCCUUCCCGUCAACGGUUGUUCAUGGAUUGUUGUUCAAGUUAUUUAUGGGAGGUGAGGAGUCACCCAGGUUCCUUAGAAUCAGGUUAAAGUCGCACCAAAGGCUGCAGGGUUAAAGUAGCAUUGUGAUACAUUUAGAACACAGUGCCAAUGUGUUUUUCUUGUUCAUCAUAGGUAGUGAGGCAGACUGCCAAGUGUAGAUGCCCUCCUAACCCAGGGCCAGACCAGCUUUUAACCCCUAGUCUACUCGCGACCAGGAAAGUCUCCUUUUUUUAACAUCAGAAAUUCCUUCUCAUGACUGAGCCCUUUGGCUUUCUUUUUGUGGACCUCUGUGCGUGGUUCACAUUCCCUUCCUCCUCGGUCCACAAAAAUCUGUCUCGCACCGUUGUGAGAGGUCAACCAGGGGGCUGCGUGGGGGUCUUCUGCCACGGCGGUGCCUCUAGCCAUGGUUUUUAAAUGAAACUCUUCUUGUGCUUUGACCCAACAUCGACUCCCUUUGACCUGACGAGCCAGAGAGUUGUUGUGGUAGAUUACAGAACUCGGUAGACCACUGCCUCAUAGUGCACCUUUUCCAAACUGUUCCUGAAGCGGUGUCUGUUAUUUAUUUAUCUCAUAAGGAUACAUUAUCAUAACUA